AUGGCGGUGGCCGUGCGAGGUAGCCGAGGCGGAGGAGGGUCAGGGUUUGGUGGGUUCAGCCUCCGGAGCUUCUUCUCGUAUCGGAUCUUUGUGUCGGCUAUGUUCUCUCUGCUCUUCAUUGCCACGCUCUCUGUUCUCUUCACCACCAACCCUUCAACUCCACAUCACGACUCUGCACUUCCAACCACUGGAAACGCGUACAUGCGUAGGACCUUUUUAGCUUUAAAUUCUGACCCUCUGAAAACAAGGUUAGAUUUGAUAUAUAAGCAAGCGAAUGAUCAUGUUACUCUGGUGAAUGCCUAUGCUGCGUACGCCAGGAAGCUUAAGCUUGAGAUAUCUAGACAAAUGAGAAUGUUUGAUGAUUUGGCGUCGAAUUUCUCCGAUCUCCAAAUGAAACCGAGUUACCGGUCUGCGUUGUUUGAAUCAGACGGUCCUUUGGAUGAGGAUGAAUUGAGGCAUUUUGAGAAGGAGAUAAAGGAUAAGGUCAAAGUUGCUCGGUUAAUGAUUGCGGAGUCAAAGGAGAAUUAUGAUAAUCAGCUCAAGAUUCAGAAGUUGAAGGAUACCAUUUUUGCUGUUAAUGAGUUGCUUAUAAAAGCAAAGAAGAAUGGGGCAUUUGCAAGCUCGAUUGCUGCAAAAUCAAUACCAAAAAGCUUGCAUUGUUUGGCCAUGAGGCUUGUUGAGGAAAGAAUUUCACAUCCAGAGAAGUACAAGGAAGAGGAACCAAGCCCCGAAUUUGAGGACCCUAGUUUGUACCAUUAUGCGAUCUUUUCAGAUAAUGUAAUUGCUGUCUCGGUGGUGAUACGAUCUGUGGUGAAUAAUUCCGAUGAACCGUGGAAACAUGUUUUCCAUGUUGUUACAGAUAGGAUGAAUCUUGCACCGAUGAAGGUUUGGUUUAAGAUGAGGCCUGUGGAACGGGGUGCAUAUGUGGAGGUGAAGGCAGUAGAAGAUUUUACUUUCUUGAAUUCUUCGUAUGUGCCAGUAUUGAGGCAACUUGAGUCAGCAAAGUUGCAGAAGUUCUACUUUGAGAAUCGGGCAGAGAAUGCUACCACAGAUACGCAUAACAUGAAAUAUAGGAACCCCAAGUACUUGUCAAUGUUGAAUCACCUUCGGUUUUAUUUGCCCGAGAUGUAUCCAAAACUGCACAAAAUUCUCUUUUUGGAUGAUGAUGUCGUGGUUCAAAAAGACUUGACAGGAUUAUGGAAGAUUGAUUUGGAUGGGAAGGUGAAUGGAGCUGUUGAGACCUGCUUUGGUUCCUUCCAUCGAUACGCCCAAUAUUUGAAUUUUUCGCACCCUCUUAUUAGAGAGAGGUUCAAUCCCAGGGCUUGUGCUUGGGCAUAUGGGAUGAAUAUUUUUGAUCUUGAUGCUUGGAGGCAGGAGAAAUGCACAGAGCAGUACCAUUACUGGCAGAACUUGAAUGAGGACCGGACUCUGUGGAAGUUGGGGACUCUUCCGCCGGGGCUGAUUACGUUCUACUCAACGACAAAGUCGUUGGACAAAUCUUGGCAUGUCCUAGGGCUGGGGUACAAUCCCAGUAUUAGCAUGGAUGAGAUUAGAAAUGCUGCAGUUAUUCACUAUAAUGGAAACAUGAAACCUUGGCUGGACAUUGCUAUGAACCAAUACAAGAAACUCUGGACGUAUUAUCUGGACAACGAUAUGGAAUUUGUUCAGAUGUGCAACUUUGGCUUAUAG